AAAACGUUAGCAAUUGUUUGUAUAAUCUGUCAUUGAGUGUUGCCUGAGAUCUCGAUGCUUUUGCAAGCUAUUCACCAGUAGGUGGCACCAGCAUAGGUGUUUCGAUCGCUUAGAAAACCUAAAUCGUUUUGAGAAGCAAUUUAUUCAAAGCUAAGAAAAGUUUCGUUUCUCCAAUCACUACUUGACAACGGUACCAAUCGAGUAAUUACACAACUGCCAACGAAACACCCGAAACUGCCAUAAAUAGUUUGAACCGGAAGUAGACGCAUUUUCGCAGAUCCGCAGUACAAAAAGUGUUUCUGUAAGAUCCAGAAGUGACGUUUCCAUAUAGUGUGUUUUUUUCCUUUUAAAGAGGAGGGUUGGGAGCUUUCCUGGGCCUACAUGGAGGGUUAUGGUAUCCUAAAAGAUUUUCCUAAAGUGAAGAGACCAAGGCUUAGUGAAGGGAAGGAUGCGCCACCUCUCAUGAGGACGCCUACUGAAUCAAAAGCAGACACAGUUUUUAAGGGAGUCACAGUAUACAUUCUUCCAGCUGGUAUAGGGAAAGCCAGGUGUGAAAUAUUUCAUCGGCAGAUCAUCCAAAAUGGAGGAAAUUCCAGGUCCGUAUUCUCACUGGUCUGUACACAUGUGGUAGUGGACGAUUCUGUAAAUUGUGAGAGAGCUUUGAGGCUCUUAAACGUCGAAAUACUGCCCCCUGGUGUUCAGCUAGUGAAAUGCACUUGGUUGAGUGCCUGCAUCAAUGAGAAAAGAUUAUUAGGUUCCGAAGACUACAGCCUGCUUCCUCCUGAGAGCAGUCUCCCAAUUGCUCUUGCUGUGGAGUCACAUGAGCCUGUGGUUGCCGCAGUGUCAGAGGAAGCAGCACAGGAUCCUUUGGUUCCAACUCAAGUAGAUCUCAGAGAAACAGAAGAACAUAUUGAGGAAGAUGGGAUAUCACCUAAGGACUUAGAAGCCUUGAUCAGUGGCAUUCACCCAUCUGACAGCAACCAAGAACUGAGUUUGGCAGAGAAUCCAGUUUUGUCUGGGAAGUGGGUUUGUUCGCAGCCAUCAACUAGUAAAGGGGAAAACCAUAACAAGCACAUUACAGACAAGUUGGAGCCACUGGCUAAAGCUUAUACGCACACAGGCGAUAAAUGGAGAGCUCUGGGCUACACUAAAGCAAUCAAUGCCCUUAAGAGCUAUCAAAAGCCAAUCACUUCAUAUGAGGAGGCAUGCAAGAUUCCAGGCAUUGGUAAACGCAUGGCGGAGAAGAUUUUGGAAAUCAUGGAAAGUGGGCACUUGCGUAAACUGGACUAUUUAGGGGAGAAAGUACCUGUUCUUGAAUUGUUCACUAAUAUCUGGGGUGCAGGAGCAAAGACUGCUCAGAUGUGGUAUCAGCAGGGAUUUCGCACAUUGGAGGACAUUAGUACCAAAGCAGUUUUGAAUAACACUCUAAGGAUUGGACUAAAACACUAUGAUGAUCUCCUUGAACGCAUGCACAGAAGUGAAGCAGCUGCCAUUGAAAGACAGGUGAAGGAGGCAGCCCACAACGUGGACACACAGCUGGUGGUUGUUACUUGUGGUUCAUAUCGCAGAGGGAAAAGCACAUGUGGAGAUGUGGAUGUUCUCAUUACUCAUCCCGAUGGCGAAUCGCACAAGGGAGUUUUCAGCAAGGUGUUGCACCUCCUCCACCAAAGUGACAGGAAAUCCAGGAUCCAGAUGCACAACAAGCUGUUUAAGCCCAGCGCCCGGAGUUUCCCAUCUAGCUUGGAGGGUACAAUGGUGUUGAAUGCAGAGCUGUGGUCUAUAAACAGCAUUCUCACAAAUGUGACCUUUUUCCAGGUGGGAGAGAGCAAUGUGUAGUGUAUGUACAAUGGCAUCAUCAGUGGAUUUGUCACAAAAUGACUGUAAGUGGGAAAAACUGAACCCAAAAGCAGGACAGGUGAACGGGAUGAAAAGACUUUAAUAAACAAACAGGAUGAAAAUACCAAAAUAAUAAAUCCAAAGACGAAAUGGUAAUCCACAAGAUAAUGGUACUCCACAGGAAAAAAGCAAUCCACACGAAAAUGGCAAUGCGAGUAAAGCGCACAUGCAGAGGCCAUAAAAAUACACAAUGAACCGACACAGGACUAGGAAAACACAGGGUUUAAGAAGGGAAACAAUAACGAGGGAUAAUGAAACAGGGAGAGCGACGGGCAGGUGACAGGACUAAACAUUAAAGGGAGACAGGUGAUUGAGAUAAACCACUAAUGUGAGAGUAGCGGAGAAACAAGGGGGCGGAGCUACACGGAACAACGGAGGACACGCAGCAAAUUAUCAAAACAUACCGCCACGUGUCUCCACAUAAAACAAAACAUACACACAAGACAUGGUACUGAAACAACCCUGUCCCCAAGGCACGAAAUCCAAGAAGAGAAAGGACAGGAUCGUCACAGGAGCGGUUUACAGGUAUGCAAACUGUAGUGGGUCCAGUGAGGGAGGCAGAACAGAGCAGAUGAAAUCUUUAAUUAGCCUCUCAAAGCAUUUGCUGAUGAUGGGGGUCAGAGCAGCAGGACGCCAGUCAUUUAAGCAAGUAAUUUUGGGUUGCUUUGGUACAGGAACAAUAGUAGAUGUUUUGAAGCAUUUUGGUACAAUGGACAGAGAAAUGAAGAGAUUGAAAAUGUCUGUGAAGACUCCAGCUAGUUGGUAUGCACACGCUCUGAUGACGCGACCUGGGAUGGGGUCUGGGCCCGCGGCUUUGCAGAUAUUCACUCCUCGGAAGGAUCGGGUUACAUCUGGUACAGAGACGGUGAGCGACAUAGCCACUGUUGCCUCGAUCUUGCAGCUUUGAUAGUUUCGCGGUGGGCAUAGCUGGUUUGCUUGUACUCAUCCGCAUUUCCUGAAUUAAAAGCAGAGGUUCGUGCAUUAAGUGCCGCCAAACAUCGCCGUUUAACCAUGGUUUCUGGUUCGGGAAAAUCUGUAUUGUUUUGGUCGGCACAACAUCCUCUAUGCACAUCCUGAUGAAACACAUGACACUCUGAGUAUCGAUGUCGUCAUCAUAGGUGAACCGGAACAUCUCCCAGUCUGCAUGAUCAAAACAGUCUUGAAGGAUUCUGGAGUCUGAUUGGUCGGACCAGCACUGAAUCGUCUUAAGGGCGGGUGCUUCCUGUUGAAGUGUUUAAAGUCUGGUUUUCGAUUUGUUACUUCAGAACCAAUGUUCUAAAGUGUUUGUCUGUUGUAGACAAUAAGGCAAAAAUUAUUCAAUAUAAAUAGCAUAAGGAAGGUUGACAAAACAAAAAACGCAGCAGCUCGCGACGCAGCAACCAUACUCUGUGCCAUCUUGGAUCAUAAUUCAUAUGUAUAACUGCAAUCUUUUACAAACACUAGCAAAAAUAAUCCACAUGUAUUACUGAAAGGUAUUUUACAAACACCAGUUAAAAUCAUUCACGGGUUACUAAAUAACAUUUUACAAACACUAGUAAAAUUCCUUCAUAUGCAUGCUAAAAGGCCUCUUACAAGCACUAGUGCACUACUGAGGCAAUAUACUUCAGGUAUAGUUGAUGAAAGAUUUCAGUGUAGUCGACAAGAGCUUAUUUCACUUGAAAAAGAAGUUGCGCCCGCACUUCAAUUAGUUUGAUUUGAAACCCAGGCAAACCUUUGUAGUUUUAAGAGUUUGUUAGAGCACAAUGUGGUUGUAAAACUUGUUGCAUCAUUCCCAAAAA